CAUCCUCAACAAGACGUUCCAUGCCGUCGACGGAAACUUGUCGCAAAUGGCUGCGGAGCAAAAGACGCACUCGGGCUGUACGGCCGUGACCGCCUUUUUGCGGAUCGAAGAUGAGGACGGCAAGCAGUCAUUCUUGCAGCCGACCACCACAUCAGGCGCUCCUCUAACCGACGAGCCCAGUGAUGUCGCGUCCUCUAGUUCAGAUGCUGAUUCGCUCCGACGGUCGGGCAGUAUCAAGACGGAUGGCGCUUCUACACCUGGUGGUACCAAUGGUGGCAAUGGGAAGACGGCCAGUGGACGAACGACGCCAUCUGAUUCCACCCGAUCGACCUCGGGCUCCAACAAGAUCCGGACGGCGAUGAAGAGCAUCACCUCCCGUUUAGGUUCACGCGCGGAAGAGUCGAGUGCGUCGCUCCCCAUUGUAAAAGGUAGCCGACACGCGCCGUUUGAGCCCGAUUGGAAUAAUAAGCAGCUACGACGAGUGUUGUAUGCUGCGAAUGCCGGGGACGCACGCGCGGUGUUGUGCCGGAACGGACAGGCUCUGAGGUUGACGUAUGACCACAAGGGGAGUGACGCUCAGGAGAGUAAGAGGAUUACGGAUGCGGGUGGGUUUGUGAUGAAUAAUCGGGUGAAUGGUGUGUUGGCGGUUACUCGCUCGUUGGGUGAUUCGGCUAUGAAGGAUUUUGUGGUUGGGGCGCCGUAUACGACCGAGACCGAGUUGGGUGCCCAAGACGAGUUCUUGAUCAUGGCUUGUGAUGGGUUGUGGGACGUGACGGAAGACCAAGAGGCCGUCAACCUC